AGCAAGUGAGAGUGGACCGAGCUUGCGUCUGGCCCGCCCCCCGGCCCUCGCUGGACCACAGGCGGGCCCGGACCGGCCCUCGUGGUCUGGCCAUUUGCUCCUUCCAUAACCCUUGGAUAGAAAGAGAGACAGUGGUUGCCCUCGAGUCGAGGUGAGGUGAGCGUGUGUCUGUGAUUGUUGCCGGCCGGGAGGAAAGAGCGGCUCGAGCAGUGCGUUCGGCCGGCGCGCCGCCAGCCCGAGUGGGCGCCGUGAGCAUGUGAGAAGGAGCCCAGUGACCUGCUAACCCCGAGCGCGGGAGCGACGAUGCCCCGAGGUGGCCGAGCGCGGAGGGGCGAGCGAGGCAGUAGCUGAGGGCAGCCAUGUGCUCCCGUGCGCCGCCCUUCUGUAGGCCCGCCAUGGCACUCCAGGCGCCCCAGCAUCCUGCCGUGGCACCCCAGGCACCUCAGCGUCUCGCGAGGCCCCGGGGACUGCCUGCCUAUGCCCCUGCCCCCUGCCAUAGAGCUGCCCAGGGCGGUGAUCCUCCCGCGGCGCCGGCAGCUAUGCCAGGAACGGGUCGCGCCACAGGGACAUACCCGCCUCUCGACACCGGCCAGUCGGGCAGGGACGCCCUGCCUGGGCACGGGGGAGCCCCCGAGUGUUCCAGCAGGUGUUGUGCGAACAGCAGCCCGCGUGUGCAACGUGACGGUUUACUGGAGACGAGACAAGGAAUCUUGAUAGAGAAUAAAGGCAUUAGUUUCCUAAGCGGUUUCCUGAGGUCGAGGGGGCGCGGGGGAGGCGGGGGCUUGGCGCUGCUCGUGGUGGCGGCGGCCCUGGCGGUGCUGGCCGGGCCCUCGCGCGCCGGAAACCCCGACAAGGUCAAGAUGAUCAAGCUGUCCGGCGACGUGAUCUUCGGCGGGAUGUUCCCCAUGCACGAGAGGGGCGUGGACGAGCCCUGCGGCUCCAUCAAGGAGGAGAAGGGCAUCCAGCGCAUGGAGGCCAUGCUCUACGCCCUCGACGAGAUCAACCGCGACCCCAACCUCCUGCCCAAUAUCACUCUCGGCGCCCUCAUCCUCGACACUUGCUCCUCCGACACCUACGCCCUCGAGCAAUCCAUGGAAUUCUUCAAGUCGUCGCUCAACCAGG